AUGUUCACCACCACAGCGCAAUAAGGUCAAAUGGGUCCAAAUUAAGGAUAGAUUGGAUAAGGUAAAAUGGGAAUAACCAAGGAUAAAUUGGAUAAGUUUAAAUGA